AUCUAUCUAUAAAAUAUCUUAAAAGCCUUUAAGAUUAUACCCCCUUCCACGUAAGCCUCGCAGAAAAAUAAGCCCAUCCACGUCAUCACCCAAAUAAGAACUUUCCCCAUAUUUCCCUCCCUCUACGAAAACCUCUCUUUCUUUUAUCCACUUCCUCCUUCCGCCUGCUCAUCUCCUUCACCCCUUCCACCAUAGCUUCUGUUCCGUUAUCUCAAAAUAAACCCAGAAAUCCCAUAUUUAUCAACCGCCCAAACAAAAAUUGCUGUCAUAGAACAGGCUUGGAGAGCAUAACUUAUUCUUUACACAAGAUUUCAUCAACUCUGCCUCUCAAAGUCGCCGACGAACCGGUCGUCGGUGGUUAGUUCCCUCUUCGUUUGCAGCCCGCCGCCGAUUAGUACGCGACGGCGCCCAUUCGGUCCCCAGCAAAUUUCCGUCCAAACGUUUACUUCCAGACUGACAGGUAGAUUCUUCCCGCUGUACGCUGCUUCCACCAACCAAAAGAUCAGUCCCCCGAUUCCAACUACUCGAAACAUAUCUCCCCCACACUGAAACAGAAAUCCUCUUAAUUCGCACUGCAAACCACCGGUCGACUACUUUGCUCAUAGUGCUAUGUUUUCAUGCUAUUGUGUUCACUGUGGCAGUUUAUUUAUGUUACAUCAAUUUAGAGUAAAUGCUCUGCAUAUCUGCUCAUGUAUUAUCAGUUUGUUGUUAGAUUCACAUUCUCCCACAAAUCAAUGUUAUGCCCUUUUGUUUAUUUCUGACACACCAAUGUCGUACACCAUUGUGCAGGUAAGGUGAAUUACUCUGACGAUUCAAUUCCGGCUUAAACUCAAACAUUUUCUACCCCGCCAUCUACCAACCUAUCUAAACCCUCAUAGACACCAGUUGCGAGUGCAGAGUUAUAAAAACCACGUAGUUGUAUUCCAUUAACGGGCCACCGUUGCCGCACAUUAUUGGUUCUUAUCUGUUGGUGGUGACGGUUUGAACACUUUUUCCUACUGUCCUCGAAAUGGACAAUAAAGGUAAGCACGUGAGGGUGUUUCACCAGCCUCCCCACAAAAGAACACGAACAUCUGCAGCUGCAACCCCUGCUCAAGGUAAACUGGCAGCUUCAACAUCAACCCCACCAACCAUGCUUUCUGCUGUCACACAAGCCACUCCACAUAGACCUCCCACAGUCCUUGGAUCAUCUUAUGUAUCAGAUCCUACAUGCCAUGAUAAGAUUCCUUCAACGCUGAAAGCUUCUCUGUCAAGGAUUGUAAGAGAAAAGCGACGGCUGUAUUUACUAUUUAAACGGAACCCACACCUUCGACUGUUCUUCAUGUCAAGUUAUCAACAAACCUUAACCAAGCUCACUGCAAAAUCCAAUCGGUUACACCGGAGAAUCAAACUUCUGAAUGGCCGCAAGAAAAUAAUAGGUUGCCAAACUAUUGAACCAUUCACAUUAGGCCAUCCAGAUUGUGUAUGCCAAUUUUGUGGGGCUAUUAUGUGGAGGCAAGAAAGUACUUUUGCUACUAGGAAUCACAAGACGCCCAAGUUCACUCUAUGUUGUAUGGAAGGGAAGGUCAAGCUGCCACCGAUCAAACAACCUCCGCCCUUCCUUAAAUGGCUUCUUGAAUCGGACCACAAUUUGGCUAAACACUUCCGGGAGUUUAUUCGUGCAUACAAUGCAGUGUUUUCAUUUACUUCAAUGGGAGGAAAGGUUGAUCAUUCAGUUAAUCAUGGACGUGGACCAUAUGUAUUCUGUGUUGGUGGCCAAAUUUAUCAUCAUAUCGGCUCUUUGCUUCCA